UAAGCGCAAACUGUCCAUCGACGGAAGUCCAUAUAAGGCUUUAGGACGAAGCCCUUCGUUUGGCCCCCAAAUAAACGUCACAGCUGCGACAAACUUUUUUUUUUGUGACAAACGCAGACUAUUUUUGGACAAAGCGCCCGCCCGGUGACAGAUGGCGAGUUCUUCUCAACCCCCCCCCCCGCGCCCGCCCCGGGCUGGUGGGGGGAAGCCAGUCUCUGUGAAUGCGGCCGCACGUCAAUCAGCGGCUCUCGUGUGAUGGCUCUUGCCAAUGACGUGCCCGCCAUAUGGACCUGGCAUCACGGAGCCCCCGCUCAUACGCGAGUCACCCGCGCGCCACUUCCUCCCCUUUUUGCUGUCUGGGCUGCAGACAGAGGCAGGGUGGCCGCAGAGGAGGAAGAGGAAGAGGAGGAGGAGGAGGAGGAAGAGGAAGGUAGGCGCUCGAGCGGGGACCACACGGCAGCCUCUUCUUCGCCCCGCACGACGCGUCGUCGACAUGCUGUAAACAAACUCCAGCCAGGUGACAAUGUUGAGCCGUCUCUUCAGUGAGGUUCUGCCGGACGUCCAGAGGCUCGCGGCGGACUGGGCCGACGACCCCGACGGCGAGCUGCAGGCCAAGGUGAAGGCCGACCGCGCGGCGCACCUCGGCGGCGAGGACGAGCUGGACGAGGCGCGCGGAGGGGACAGCAGCAGCCGGGCCGAGUCCGAAAUGGCAGACGACGACGACGACGAGGAGGAGGAAGAGGAUGAGGAUGAGGAUGAGGACGGUGAUGAUGAUGAUGAUGCUGGUGGCGGCGGCGGCGGCGGCGGCGAUGAGGAGCGGACGGGGGACAAAGCCACCAAAAAGCGCGGUCCCAAGAAGCGCAAGACGAGCGCGGGCCGCGUGGAGCGCUCCAAAGUGCGCCGCGUGAAGGCCAACGCCCGGGAGCGGACGCGCAUGCACGACCUGAACUCUGCGCUGGACAACCUGCGCAAGGUGGUGCCCUGCUACUCCAAGACCCAGAAGCUGUCCAAGAUCGAGACCCUGCGCCUCGCCAAGAACUACAUCCUGGCGCUGGGCGAGAUCCUGCGCAACGGCAAGCGUCCGGACGUGGUCGGCUACGUGCAGAUGCUGUGCAAGGGCCUCUCGCAGCCCACCACCAACCUGGUGGCCGGCUGCCUGCAGCUCAACACGCGCAACUUCCUCAGCGAACCGGACGCGGCGCGCUUCCACGUGCCGGGCUCGCCCUUCCCCUUGCACCCGUACUCGGCGUCGUCGGCGUCGUACCGCUGCCGCCUGGCCGGCCCCGACUACCGGGCCCCUGCGGGCGCCGGCGUGCUGAACCCGCGCGGGCCCUCGUACGCCUCCGGCUUCGAGGCCGCGUACCCCCCGGGGGCCGCCUCCCCGGACUACCUGCAGAGCCCGGACUACGAGGGCCAGCGCAGCCCGCGAGGAUGCUCGGCCGUCGGCGCGUCCGGCAAGCAGCUGGAGCUCGACGCCGAGCGGAACUAUCACUACUCGCCUGUGCAUUACUCCAGAGCCGGUCGCGCUUUGACGUUCGGCCCCACGGGAGCGCGCGGCGGGGGCGCGCACUCCGAGAACAUCCCCCCCUUCCACGAGGGCCACCACCACCACCACCACCACGAGCGCGCGCUGGGCCCCUAUGAGGACAUCGGCGCCUUUUUCCACAACUGAUUGACAAUCCCGAUCGCCACCUGUAAUCCCAUCACGUGCUCGUCGUCGUCGUCGUCGUCGUCGUGCGGUAUUGUGCGUGACAGACACAUGUAAUAAGACGAAAUACACACAUUAAAAGUGAUUUAUAAUUG